AUGGUUCCGUCUUAUUUCUCCAUUGAAUAUAAGGCUAUCAUUAUCAGCACUUCAUCUGUUUCGUCUGCCCUGUCCAUGAGUGAUCUCCCUUCGAAUUCAGAUAGUACUACUGUUUUUCCUGUUGAAAAAACUUUCAAAAUAUUACAUAAUAUCAACAGCGACCCCGUCAACGUUUGGACUUUAAGUAUUUCAAGCGGUGUGACAAAAGUUAAAACAUCAGAUGGAACACCUUUUGGAGUCAUAGUUUACGGGCAGCAUUCUUACGAUGGACAUGGUUUCACAGGAAAUGCCAUUUUAUCAACUUGCAAAGAGGGUUGGAUUCAGAUUGAAAAUUAUUGUUACUUCAUUUCUCUCAAAAGAGUUUCUUUCCAAAAUGCACUGAAAUUAUGCAAGGACGAGAAUGCACGUCUCACUGAACAUCAAAACGUAAGAAUGGAGAGACUGGUUGGUCUGCAAUUAAAUACAAACGGAAAUGUUGGUAUAUGGAUCGGCGUGACAGACAUCCAACAGGAAGGUGUUUUUGUCUACAUUUCUGAUGGAUCAAGAUUAAAUAAUAAUGAUAACUGGGCAGAAGGACAACCAGAUAGAGGAACAAAAUACAACUGUGUGCUAGCAAGAAAAGAAAACAAUUGGAAGUGGUAUACUUACCCUUGUGAUCAAACAUUUUAGUAUGUGUGCAUGAACCUCAUAUAAAUAUGUUUCAUCAGAUUAUAAAACUGAUCCACUGUACUAAAUCAUAUAA